GCGAUGAAGCGAAUGCGGCGCGAGCGGGUCAGCGUUCCGUCUCUGGAAGUCAUCGAGGGCUGGGCAACACUCGCCGUGCGGCUUUUGAGGAGAAGCCUGAUUUUGGGCGAAGAUGAAAGUGAACAAGAAGCGAAAAGUGUGGCACUUGAUGCAAAAGACCGAUCUGUGGUGCUUCAGCACCCAAUUCACUUCAGGGACGCUACGGGUGAGCUGCUUGUGCAAGGUAACUACGCUGAAAUUAGCACGUAAAAGUAAUCCGGAUGCUGGCCGUUUAUUUGGUAUGCGCAACUCUACUGCAAAUUUUACAACAUCGACAUUAUUUUCAAUUUAUAGCCAAAGCGUAGUCGUGUUGAUCGGACCACUUGACAGAAAUUUCAACUUUUGAGGUUGCGGACCGGCAAACGCGUCUCCUGAGGAGUACCGAAACGAAUUCCUCUACCGAGCUAAACACGCUUCGUCGCAGCCAGUGCCACAAGAGUGCUACGACAUGCUGAAGAGCCCGGACCACAGCCCGUUGCCGCACGUGGAUACCAACACGACAGUCCCGAAUAACACGGGCGCUUUGCUUCGAUAUCGGGUGGUUUGCCGAUUCCCGGUGCACGCACGAAGGGGACCCAACCAGCAAGCGCGCGAGCGCAUCAAGGCAGACGCAAAACUGCUAAGUGCGCCAAUCGACGCCCGCAUUCGUGCAAUCGAUAAAGCUACCGGAACCAACAAUCGUGGAAGGGAUUCGCCGCGGCGCAAGGCGUUAAAAGAAGAAAUGUUCAACGUGGAACGCGAGCACUGCCACUGUCGGAAAGGGUACAGCGAAUACAAGGACGUCCUGGAAGUGCGCUUGUGCUCGACCGGUGAGCUGCUUGUGUUCCUCAACGACACCUGCCUGGGCAAUGCGUUGCACUUCCGCGCGACGUCGGCGCCGUCUUUCAUUUAUCCACCGUCGUUCGACGUCGUCAAUGGGAUCCGCACCUUUCGCGUCAACAAAAACAUUCUUACGACGGUUUGGUGGUCUUGGCAACCAAAUAAGCGAACGUGGACCUUCUCCCUCGUGGAUUCUCCACCGGCGCGGGAGAGUUUUCGUCUGAUGCUCUGGGGAGACGAUGAACACAACUUCGAGGAGUUUUAUCCCUGGCCAGAUUCCGACGAGCUGCCCGACGGAACGGAGCACUGUUACGAAUACCUAAUCCUGAAAGCGCAAGAAGAGACGCUGCUGCGGUGCCAAUACUACGCCUCGCUACCGAUCGCGCAGCGGCUCUGGGCGGUGCUGACUCGCGACGAGAUGAUACCUGCCAGAAGUAGUGUCUCGGACACUGACAACGGGAACGAGGUAGUAGUCCGCGUCCCGUCGCUCGUGCCCGCCCGCACGACAGAAGACAAGCGUCGCACCUACAACAUGCUCAAGACGCUGUGUGAGACGUACCCAGCGUUUAAUGCGGUUCGCUACGCGUUGGAAGAGAAUGCCGACAAGGACAGCCUGGUUUUCGAGACGGUUCGCCACGCCGUCGAGAAUACGGAUUUAGAAGAGCCGGGCGGCGCGGAAGUGGCGCCGACUGAGGUCGCGGUGAUGAUUCCCCAGAGCGACCUGCCUAUCAACAAUUGGGCGUGCUGUUGACACACUUUCUGGGAUCCAACCUGCGAGGUGAAGAGCUGAAAUGAUUGAAAAAAAGAAGGAACUCCUGUUGAGCGACGCAGCAAAGCAGCUGCGGCAUAGACAACGGAACGAAAGAACGAGCUUUGUUUGCACCAAGAGUCUAUCAGUAGAUAAAGAGCCGCUUCUGCGCUGUAGAAGUAUGCCAGCUGUACUUACACAGAGGCCGAAUAAUCGUCCGCGCGCUUAUAAUGAAUAAGUACGAGAGUCACGUUCCGAGGGAGAAAUUAUGUAUGAAUUUCUGUUUUUUUUUGUGCUAGUUUUUGCCUGAGUUUGAGUUGGUUUCUGAUUUUGCUUUGAGACCCUGACGCUCUGAGACCUAAGCCAACGAAUCACGACGGCAGCGCGGUUUUCUUGUGUUUAGAAUGAGGGGA